UAGGAAAGGGGAGUGACAAAAGGCUUUGUCUUUUCCAGCCAUAAAGACCAAGGCAGGUGGCCCUGGGACUCUUCGUCCUGUGUCUGCUGUGAAGAGAGGAGUGCUGGAUUACCUUUGAGGAGUUUACAUUUAAAAAAGGAAAACUUAAACCCAGGACAGCCAUGGAUGAUGUAUAUAAAGCAGCGGUAGAGAACUUGACAGAAGAACAAAAAAAUGAGUUUCGCGCUGCGUUCGACAUCUUCGUUCAGGACGCUGAGGAUGGCUGUAUCAGCACUAAGGAGUUGGGCAAGGUGAUGAGGAUGCUGGGCCAGAACCCCACUCAAGAAGAGCUGCAGGAAAUGGUAGACGAAGUAGAUGAGGAUGGAAGCGGGACAGUGGACUUUGAUGAGUUCUUGGUGAUGAUGGUGCGCUGCAUGAAAGAGGAGAGCAAAGGAAAAUCAGAAGAGGAGCUGGCUGAAGUCUUCCGCAUGUUUGACAAGAAUGGAGAUGGUUACAUUGACUUAGACGAGCUGAAGAACAUGCUGGAGUCGACAGGCGAGGCCAUCACUGAGGACGACAUCGAGGAGCUCAUGAAGGACGGAGACAAAAACAACGACGGCAAGAUCGAUUACGACGAGUUCCUGGAAUUCAUGAAGGGUGUCGAGUAAAAAUGGCCAAACGGAUCCAAAACUGCGAAAAGAAACCUGUCAUUUCAUUCCCUGACCCAAACCAUCUCUCCGACUUCACUACAGACUCGAUUGGGAAGCACAGAAAAUGAUCUGCAUUUCACAUAUUUCUGUAAUUUGUUGAAAUAAGUAAAUGGUGUCAUGUACUGCUGCCCAGAAUAGUAGUUAUUUGUGCUCAAAACAUUUUCUGUACACAGUUGCACAUUUUUUCCCUAGCACAUUUUUUGCUUGUUUUUGUUUCAUUGAAACAAAAUGUUUCAAACACCUCAAUGAACACAGAUUGGGUUUUAUCUUUAAAGUUGGAGGUUUUCUAUAUGUAACUGUAGCUACUCCUAAACAGCGACAAAAAUAAAGUGUUGUAAUUUA